UUGCAGUAAGUCGUGGGGGACGCACUAAUCGCGCUUCACACCACUCGUGCUUCGCACUCGUGUGAAAAUGGCGGAUGUUUUAGAUCUCGACGGCGGCGCAGAAGAGUUUGAAGUCGAUGAGGAAGGAGAUCAGAGCGUGCAGAAACUCAAAGAGCGGGCUCGUAAAAGAAAAGGUCGAGGUUUUGGUUCAGAAGGAACUGCUAGAGAGGAGAUCCACGAGUAUGAAGCUAUGGAUACUGAUGGUAAUGAUGAACCGGGCCCACAGAGGUCGGUUGAAGGCUGGAUUUUGUUCGUAACUGGUGUGCAUGAAGAAGCACAGGAAGAUGACAUUUAUGAGAAGUUCGCUGAGUAUGGAGAGAUUAAGAACCUGCACCUUAACCUUGAUCGCAGGACGGGAUUCCUCAAGGGUUAUGCCCUAGUAGAGUACGAGACAUUCAAGGAGGCCCAAGCAGCUAUAGAUGCUCUGAAUGGGGCAAAAAUCCUGGACCAGGUGAUCAAUGUGGAUUGGUGCUUUGUGAAGGGGCCCACAAAAAAAAAAAGAAGCCAUCGUCGCAGGGACCGAUCAUCCGACAGGAGACGCCGUUGAGUCAUGUCCAAAGAGGAUUUCACUUUUCUUUUUAUUUGUGUAAUAAAACAUUGUGUUGUCUGUCAUCUACGAUUCUUUGUGUAAUAAAACAUUGUGUUGUCUGUCA